AUGCCCAUCCCUCCCAUACCCAUACCACCCAUGCCCAUGCCGCCUAGACCGCCCAUACCCAGCCCUCCCAUUCCCAGUCCGCCCAUGCCUAGCCCUCCCAUACCCAUCCCACCCAUUCCCAGUCCUCCCAUGCCCAUGCCACCCAUGCCUAGCCCUCCCAUACCACCCAUUCCCAUCAUAGCAGGCAUGCCCAUCCCCAUACCGCCCAUACCCAUACCACCCAUUCCCAUGCCUCCCAUGCCCUGCUUCACUCACCAUCAUCAUCGGGUUCAUCAUGCCCAUUCCUCCCAUUCCCAUGCCGCCCAUUCCCAAUCCGCCCGUUCCGCCCAUCCCUCCCUGAUAGGCAUAAGCAUUCGCUACGGGCGACCGGGUAUAAGGGUACGCGGGAAGAGAGUAGCAGGAAGAGGUGUGCGCAAUGCCGUGUGGGUAGUAUGGUGCGUAGAGGGGAUCAUGGGUCGCGAGGUAGAGAGAGUGGGCGAUGAUCUCGGCUUUGGUACGGUUGCGCUUCACCAUGAUGAAAGGGAUUGA